AUGCCUAAGAAACCCGUUCGAAAUGCUUUCUAUUUCUAUAUGCUUGAUUAUAAAGAAGAACAAAGACAAAAAGGUGUAAAUUAUAGCAAUUUGGCAGCUGUUGCUGAUGCAGCGGGUCCUCUGUGGAGGGAUGCACCGCCCUCAGUGCGAACAAAAUAUGACGAAAUAGCAAAAAAACACAGACAGAAAACAAAUUUCACUGAUCAAAAGUUCACUUCCACCGGCAUACCGAUUUCUGUUAUAGAACAAAACGAAAGAGAAGCUAAAGAGGCAGAGGAACAAGAGAUAAAGGAUAUCGAAAAUCUUGUUAAAUUACGCGGUUAUGACAACACCGCUAAGACAGUGGAUAUUUAUGUGAUGGAUGUCAAUUGCUACUGCAAGACGGGUUCCGAUUAUAUCAUCGGGGAAAGUACACUGCUGAGAUUUAAUGUGGAAGAAGGAAUUAAAGAUACCUAUCAUGAAAUAAUUAAUCCAGGUGUGAUACCAGUGGGGUAUGCUUAUGAUAUGAAAUUGAGCUGCAAAGAAUUUGGUCUCGAAAUGCCAGAUGAGUUUUCAAAGAAAUCAAAUUACAUGCAGAUACUCGCCAAUAUAAUUGACUAUUUAAAACAGCAAGAUCGUACAUCAAAGAUUUUGCCUCCGAUAUUCACAAUGCCCGAUAAAGUGGCCCCUGUACAGAACUUUAUACAUCAACUUUGCCGGCGUGUAGCCGAAGAUGAGAAUCAAUUUAGAAUAUAUAAAUUGGAUACAUUAUUUUUCACCUUAAUCAAUACUCUCAAAACUCAAGCUGAUGAAGGUUUUCCAAAGGAAUCAUUGGCUUUACUGCAACUUAAGAAAGAUCCAUUCAAAUAUUCACCCGGGAUUGGUUGUGAGCAUCACGAAGAGAAUGACAAGUCAGUUGAGUGUACACUAUCUCGUGUGAAACGGUGGUCAUACACUGUGUUGGACUCGUGUUGCCCAGUGGCUGGAGUGACCGCUCGAAAUGGCUGUCAUGUACCACCUGACUAUGACCUAGAGAGCAUCCAAGUUUAUCAAGAGCAGAAGAGGGGCCGAGUGGCGCCCUCUGUAGGCGGAUAUGAGUUCAACAUGUCGUCUUGCAAUUCAUCUAUGCUAAGUGAAUCGUUUUUGGACACCUCAAGCAACGCAACAAUAGACACCAGCCGUAGGGAGAAACGUGUUCAUGUGCCACUGAGGAUGCCUAAAGCUGACUACUCUCAAGCCAUCCGCAUGGCGCCUGAAUUAACCGAAGAUGAAUUCCCCAGUCUUGGAAGCUCUCGCAUAGGAAGAGGACGCGGUCUGGGCGGUAGCUUGUCUAAACUGAAGACUGGGAAGUAA